AUGUCGCUUACUAAAGAUCCAUCCUUGGAACUUGGCUCGCAAGCUUGGCUCAUGCUCGAAGACGGAGAGAGCUCUGAUUCGCUCGGGAGCUACUCGAGCAGUCUUCUUCCUUUCUUCUCCAACCACAUCUGCCCCGGUGAGAACAGGGAGGCACUCUCUGUUGUCAAGUAUGGGGCAGUCUGCGUUCCCAGCGCCUCGGUGCUCAGCUUCGAGCAAGAGGACAGGGACUGGAUGGACGCCAUCGAUCAAAGUUGCAAACUUGACACCAAUUCUAGGAUCGUUCAUGAGCAGGACAGUUUUGGGCUUACGUACCCAUCUGCUCCUGAAAAGAGACAAUGCAAGGUGAUUAAUCAAUCUAUUGUUGAAUUCAUGAUUUUUGCUUUGGGUAGAGCACUUUUAACAGGAGUGCGUUGCGGUUAUCGUGUUGCAGGAUUCGUGCGAGAUGCCGAGUCCGAAGAAGCAGUGCAGCAGAAAGAUGAAAGAGAAGUCGAUCAGUCCGUCCAAGGAUUCACAGAGCGUAGCAGCGAAGAUUUGAUCUUGUUGCAGAACCGGAGGGAGAGAAUUAGCGAGAGACUGAAAAUCCUACAAGAACUUGUUCCCAAUGGCACCAAGGUUGAUAUGGUGACCAUGCUGGAGAAAGCAAUUAGCUACGUGAAGUUUCUGCAGUUACAAGUGAAGGUGUUAGCAACUGAUGAGUUUUGGCCAGCGCAAGGGGGAAGAGCACCAGACAUAGGGCAAGUAAAGGAAGCCAUUGAUGCUAUCUUAUGCUCUCAGAGAGACAGGAACUCCAGCUCCAAGCUCUAA